AUGGCAAGCUCUGUUUAUCUCUGCCUGCUGAGGGCAGUUUUCCUGGUGUGUUUUGUUAACCCUUUAAUUCAAGGACUAAGUGGAGAUGCAAACGUGGUCCAGAAUCCUCAUCAUGAACUGGAAGAGAAUCUCACUGGACUCCCAAUUGUCACAUUUAAAUGGCAUCAUGUUCAGACCCCAUACCUGGUGAUAAUUUGGGUAUUUGUGGCUGGAUUGGCGAAACUAUCAGUGAUUGAACUAAAUCAUCAUGUCACCAGUGUGAUCCCAGAGAGUGGUCUGCUCAUCAUCCUGGGCUUUAUUUUGGGAGGAAUCGUCUGGGGAGCAGGCAAGGCGCAGACUUUCAAACUGCUUCCUCCCACGUUCUUCUACUACUUGUUGCCCCAGAUCAUCUUGGAUGCCAGUUACUUUAUGCCCAACAAGCUAUUUUUCAGCAACCUGGGUGCCAUUCUCAUUUACGCCAUCUUCGGAACGUGCUGGAACGCAGCUACAGUGGGCCUCUCGCUCUGGGGCUGCUAUGAGGCUGGAGCGAUGGGUAACUUGGACAUCGGUCUCCUGCAGUUUCUAUUGUUUGGCAGUUUAAUCGCCGCGGUGGAUCCGGUGGCCGUGAUUGCAGUGUUUGAAGAAGUGCAUGUGAAUGAGGUGCUCUUUAUUCUGGUGUUUGGAGAGUCGUUGCUUAAUGAUGGGGUCACAGUGGUGCUUUACAAUGUAUUUGAUGCUUUUGUUGCUCUUGGAGGCCCAAAGAUUGACGCCGCAGAGAUUUUUAAGGGCAUAUUUUCAUUUGUUGUGGUGGCAUUUGGAGGCUCGUUUCUUGGCGUUGUGUUUGCCAUCCUGCUGUCCCUGCUGACCAGGUGCACCAAACACAUUCAGAUAAUUGAAGCUGGCUUUGUCUUUGUGGUGGGCUACCUGGCUUACCUGACAGCAGAAAUGCUCUCACUCUCUGCAAUACUUUCAAUCACCUUCUGCGGUAUAUGCUGUCAGAAAUAUGUGAACGCCAACAUGGAUGAGAAAUCGGUCACUACGGUUCGUCAUGCCAUGAAGGUGCUUGCAAACGGCUCAGAAACCAUGAUCUUCGUAUUCUUGGGUGUUACAGCCAUUGAUACAGAGAUCUGGGUUUGGAACACAGGUUUCAUCCUCCUCACCCUCCUCUUCGUCUUUAUAUACAGGAUCAUAGGAGUUUUCUUGCUCACCUGGAUGUUGAACAAGUUUAGACUGGUUCCCAUCGAGGUCAUUGACCAGGUUGUAAUGAGCUACGGUGGCCUGCGGGGGGCAGUGGCGUAUGGACUAGCAGCCAUGUUAGACGAAGACAAGAUCCCAGAGAAGAAUCUGAUGAUUAGUACCACACUCAUUGUGGUGUAUUUCACUGUCAUUCUUCAGGGACUAACAAUGAAGCCAUUAGUUCAGUGGCUCAAGGUCAAAAGAGCAGCGCAUUCAGACUUGAAACUUAUUGAGAAACUAAACAAUAGGGCAUUUGACCACAUACUAGCAGCAGUGGAGGACAUUUGUGGACGUAUAGGAGAUAACUGGUGGACCAGAGGUUGGAACAGGUUUGAGGAAAAUUAUAUCAGCUGGUUAUUGAUGAAACCUAAGGCCAGAAGGAACAGAGACUACCUAUUUAGUAUCUUCCACAAACUUAAUCUGGAGGAUGCUGUUAACUACGUCAGUGAGGGUGAACGUCAAGGAUCUCUGGGCUUCAUUCGUAGUGAUGAAGCAGCCAAUGUAGAUUUCAAAAAACAAUUUGAUUCAGAAUUUACAGAUGUGAUGCCUGAUAUAAUGGUUGAUAUGUCAAAUUACGAGCUUGAAAUCGAAAAUGUUUCAGUAACCUCCAUUGUAAAAGACACUAUUCCCUCUGUAUCCCUGGACAUCCAUGGGCAUGACAGGAAAAAUGCGGUGGACGACAUCAAUGCCCAUCAUCUUCUACAGCAGCACCUGUACAGGAGCAGAAAGAAUCAUCGUCACAAAUACAGUCGCAGUCACUUCAGCAUCAACCAGAGUGAGGACGAGGUGCAGGAGAUCUUCCAGAGGACCAUGAGGAGCCGCCUCGAGUCCUUCAAAUCAGCUAAGAUGGGUGUCAACCCUGCCAAAAAAAUUACAAAGCACCACAAGAAGGAGCUUACACACAAGAUGGCUAAUGGACACCCAGACGGUACAGGCCAUCUAUAUGGAGAUGAAGUUGACAGUGCUGUGGGGAGUGAGACUGGUGCUAUCCGUGGUACUUUCAUGAGAGACAUGUAUACAGUGGGAGCUGGCAUAGAGAAUCCAGUAUUCUUGCCAGAUAUGGACAGUCCCACUCACAGCAGCCUUCCCUGGCUAAUGGAGACUGAGGCUGUCGCACCUUCCCAGAGGGCCCAGCGACGCCUGCCCUGGACACCCAACAGACUGCGGCGUCUUGCACCCAUGAGGAUCAGCACCUGCUCCACAGACUCCUUCCUGAUGGCUGAUCUGGAGGAACAUGAGGAACAGCCUCAAACAGACCAUGAAGAAAUACGACCAAUCUUUGACUAGAUACUUCAGGGCAAUAAUGCGGCAUGUCACAAAGCACAUCCACA